UCUGUGUUUAGUUCAGUUGAGACGCGACGCCGCGAAUGACGGUUCUUACGCCGAUCACAAUUUAACGAACACGCGAUUGUGUAUUCUUAUUUGUGUAUAGUGUAACUUUGAUAAAGUGAUGUGAACAUAAUUAAUGGUGUUAGUGGUUUUGGAUUUCGGUUUUUAAAGUGUGAUGCCCGGAGUUGAGUAGUCAUGGCGUGGAGCGCACUGCUCUUGCUAUGGGUGGUCGCAGUGGUUGCUGAUAAACACGAGGAGUCGAGCUCAACAGACCCUGAGAAUACCACAACACAAACUCCUCCAAUUCCCCUGAGACCAGAAUAUGCGCAUCCAGCGGGUGUUGAAGCAUUGGACCCCUACAACUCAGAGAAGAAUCCCCCCCCACAUAGAGACUAUUUGGAAGAAGAUUACGACCACGAAGGUCACAAGGAUGACGACCACGAUAACAGAGAUGAUGCAGACGAGCUGCCGUCUCUCUCUGGAGACCAUUUGCUACAGAGUUCCUCUGAGUUACCAAUGUUCUUACUAGAACCUCAACAUGCAUAUGUGGUGCGAAAUAAACCAGCGACAUUGCGGUGUCGAGCGGCAAAUGCAUUGCAAGUGUACUUUAUGUGUAACGAUGUUAGGUCAGUGGGUAGUACUCAGUUUGAGUUCGUGGACCCUCAAAGUGGGAUCAGAAUUGUGGAAGCCGAGUGUAAUGUGACGAGGGACCAUUUGGAGGAAUAUUUUGGUGAAGAUCGAUUCGCGUGCAAAUGUCAUGCGUGGAGCAGUCGGGGAGAUAUAAGGAGUCAACCAGCGAUUGUGGAAUUAGCUUAUCUUAAGAAGCAGUUUGCAAUAUCACCAGCCUCCACAUCAGUGGAAGCCGGGUCUGCAGCAUCAUUACGCUGUUCGCCACCAAGCGCUGCACCAUCUCCGAGGAUAUCCUGGCUGAAGAAUGGCAUCCCACUCCAGCAAGACCAUAACGUACUUAUUUCUGCUGAAGGCAACUUGCUGAUAUCGAGGGCUUCUUUACAGGACAUGACCAACUACAGUUGCGUGGCUGAGAACAUAGCCGGUAAAAGAAUUUCUGAGCCUGCUACACUUACAGUAUAUGUAAACGGUGGUUGGAGCGCCUGGGGUCCCUGGACGCAAUGCCGAUGCAAUGGAAGAGUAUCGGGUCAACGGCGAACAAGAACUUGCACAGAGCCGCAUGCUUUACACGGUGGAGCCCCUUGUCAAGGACAGAGUGUUCAGAAGACAUCGGAUUGUGUACUGUGCCAAAACGAUGGAUACAACAUGGAUCUACAAAUUUAUGAUAAUACACAACAGCUGUUGAUUGCAUCCCCUGGAUCCUCUGGUCGUUGGGGCAGCUGGACAGAGUGGUCUGAAUGUGGUUCAGACUGCCGACAGUCCAGGCGAAGGUCCUGUGUUGGAGACACCUGCUCUGGAGCCCAGGUUCAACACGCAGACUGCAUUGGCGACUUCUGUGGAGUCCAUGGAGUCGCUGCUCAUAGUGACAUACCACUGUACAUUGGUAUUGCGGUAGCUGUGGUGGUGUUCCUAGCUGGUGCUGCGGUACUUUACAAGCUUCUACAGAGGAAGACCAGGGACCAUUCACUCUACACCAUGACUAGAACAGACUUCCAACCAGAAAUAUACCCGACAGUGGAGAAGCAGUCCCUAUCCCUGGGUCCAGAUCUGAUGCAGCACCGUCCGCCAAGAUAUGAGCAUCCACCUCCAGAUCCACGGACGGAGCACCAUUAUGAUGUGCCGCAUUUGACUAAUAGCUACGCAUCACCAGUUGACCAGCAAGUGACCCCGUGUGCGUCCAGCAAAGGCCACAGCGAUGAGUACGACACGAAGCCUUACAGCGAGUCGGAGCAUUCCGCCUCCAGCUGUUUCACCAGUUCUGGCUCAAUGUACGACGCGACAAACGAAUCCGUCACAUUACAAUUAGCGGAACUGGUUUCUAAUUCACCCACUUCCCAAUCGUUGUCAGUGUCGAGUUCUGGAGCCAGACUUUCGCUACCAGCUGGGGUCGCUCUUUCGAUACCAGAAGGAGCGCUUGGUAGAGGACGUCGUGAGCAAAUAUAUGUCGCCGUUGUCAAAGAUGACAGAUACAGGGCGAGACUUGGAAAAGGUAUCACGCAACUGAGUCCAGUAGUUAAAUGUGGCCCGCCUAGACUUCAAUUAAACAAGUCGGUUAUAUUACAAAUACCGCAUUGUGCGAGCCUAAAGCACGGCUUCUGGAACCUUGCUCUAUACGCCAUAGACAAUAACAAAGACAACGCACAGCCACAUUGGAAGAAAAUCGUCAACCUCGGCCAAGAGACAAUCAACACUCCGGUCUUCACCCAACUCGACACCGACAAAAUAUUCCUAGUGACCGAUAUGCUAUCCACAUUCGUUUUAGCCGGAGAAAGUUUUAAUGGAAAAGCCGUGAAGGCACUCCAAUUAGCCGUGUACGCCCAACCCACUAUUAAUGAUUCAUGCACCGAGUACACUAUCCGCUUCUAUAUAUUCGAAGAUACCCCGUGCGCCACUUAUUACUGUCAGGAACAGGAAAAGAAAUCGGGCGGAGUUCUAUUGGAGCGACCGAAAACGUUGCUAUUCCAAGACGGCGGAUCCAAUUUAUGUUUAACUUUGGAGCACGUCAGCCCCGGAUGGAAAGCGAGACCGGGCGCAGCGUACCAAGAAAUACCUUUCGGCCACAUUUGGGCGUCGAGCUACAACGCCCUGCAUUGCAAUUUCACGUUAGACCGAUCAUACGAUUGCGACAAUAUCGACUUCACCGUAUCCGCCUGUCAAAGGACGAAUCCCUCGUACAAGCAAACGUUCCGAAUAGCAAUCGACGAUCUGACCCAUUCACCGAGAGGGCGCUCGCCGCGCGUAGACGCCAGGAAUUUCAAUAUCACUGAAAAUUUGCUAGAAACGCGAAUGUGCCGGAGCGAGACGAGCGACGACGGAAGCGUGAAACGGAACGUCACCGUAAACGAAGUUGGGGUGAACGAGACCGACGGCCCUUUUAAGUUGAACGUCAGAAUCAAACGUCAACUGUGCUCGAUUCUGGACCCUCCGAACGCUAGGGGCAACGAUUGGAGGGCUCUGGCGAGCAGACUAGGAGUCGAUAGGUACACCACGUGGUUUGCGACUAAGAGUUCUCCUACCGAGGCUAUUUUGGAGCUAUGGGAGUGUAGAGAGCGAGGUGCCGCCGCGAUAUCUUCGCUGGCCACCGCGCUGCGGCAGAUGGACCGCCACGAUGCAGCAGAUCUGCUGCAGAACAGGCCGUCUUGGUUAUGAAUCGUGACUUAAUAAUACUUAGAGGCUUCGGAACAAAGGUAUGGGUUUUCUAUGUUGUAUGUAAAGGGCGGAAGUAUUGAAGCGUUGCUAAUUACUGUGUAGUUUAAAUGUUACUUAGAGUAUCGGCCAUUGGCCUUGUAAAAUCGUGGUAGUUGUCAAACUAUCGAUGCUGUAGAUAAGCGGAUAAAUUAUAUAGUAGCAAUAAUAGUGCCUAAUCUUUUAAAGAAUGUAGCCGUUUGUCGGUUGUUUUGUUAUUUUUAUAAGCGUUUGAGUGUUCAUUGUAUUGGAAUAUUUCGAUUUAGUUAUGCUUUGUUUUAUGUACGUAACUCUGCAUUUUUAGUAUUCGUUAGUUGUCUUUUGUUUAGGUUGCCAUAGUGACACCGCCAUUUUGAACGCGUUGCUAUGGCAUCUUGUAAGCUCGUAGUUACGUAAAAUUAGAUACGUGCCAAAAUAGUUUUUUGGCAAAUUAAACGCACUAUUCCGAGCUUAUUGUAAAAAUUGUUUAUUAUAAGACUUAAAUGCAUUUACUACAAUGGGUUAUGAUAUUAAAAUUACAUUUUAACUGGGUAUAUGAUACAGAUUGACUAGUAAUGACAUCUAUAUACUAUGAAACAAUACAUAGGAAUCUUUUAACUCCACCUGGAAGGGAAGUUUUCUAAGAAAUAUUUCGGUUAAAAAUAUCUUGAACAUUGUCAAAUAUGUGUGUGAAACUUAAGCUAUUUUUUUAAAAGGAACGUAACUGCUCGCUGAGUUUAACAAUUUUUUUUUAUAAUCAAGGCAAUUUUUUUAAUUAAAUGAUUUAACUCCUUCUGAUGCCACUUUAUUGCCAAGUAUCUUGCGCUAGUCUAAAAAACUGCUCGGCGGAUGUGAUGCCGGUCCACUUACAAUGCAACCACGACUACCAUCUACCAACCCGUCUCUUGCUUUAGAUCAUUUGCCCAUCAUCAGAAAUAUUUCAGCAUCAAGUCGCGAAACCAGUCCGAAAUAUACUUAUGUCCUAUUUCAUAUUUACCCUCCCCACCAGGCGGUGUUAAAGAUUCCAAUACUAUGCUUAUCAAUUUACCAAACGAUCUUUCAUUGAAGUCAUUACUACCUGCAGGGUUACUCUGUUACUUCAAUUUCGAUUGUUAUAUUGAGUUUUGUACCACGUAAAUUCAUCUUGAGCUAUAUCAAGAAAUCCAUCAGCAUUGAACUACAUCGAAACGUCAAUACGGAAUAUGAAAUUAUACAGAGUAGCCCUGCUGAUUAGCAAUUAUUACAUUACUGCAAAAAUCUUAUUAUUCGAAAAGGCACACUGCCGACAUAGUAUGUAAUCACUAUAUUAAGUUUUAAAGACUAAAAUAUCGUAAUGUUAUCGAAAAAUUGUAUAAUUUUAUUUUGGAUUUCUUUAUAUGCCCGACGUAGUUCCUGUCUGUAUAUAUUUUUUAUAUAUAAAAAGUGAUGUCGAUACGAAAUUCUUAAUUUCUUGUACACUCAAAAAUUAUAUAAUUAUGGUAAAUAGUAUUUAUAAUAAAACAUGUAUGUAUCAGUAACGAGGUAUAUGUAUUGGAGAUUAUAGUAUCAUAAUAGUAAGACAAAACAAAACUAGAGUCUGUGUAAAAAUGGAACAAAAACACACAACAUGUGAUUUUUGUAGAUCUAAUAAUCGAACACAGACUUCGAAUCCCACGACUGUUUGCUCCAGUUCAAACAAUUUGUAUGACUCAAAACUUGGUGAUUAAAAAGAGUGGCGGAGAGUUUCUUGCCAGUUCUUCUAGCCCGCUCUACGCCCUUGACUUGCGAACUGGUAGCAAAUGUAAAUUUACAAUUAAUUUAACUUCCUUUCUUACGUUCAUAAGUGUACUUGGUUACCUAUAUGAAUUGAGUUAUUUUGUGUUUGAGUUCUCUUUCAACACAGCCUCUGAAAGGCGGUUUAAAUUUUGUGUAA